AUGGAACACAGGACAGCUAGAACAUGUCAUUACGGGACAGCUAGGUUAUGUCAACACAGGGCAGCUAGGACAAGGCAACACAGGACAGCUAGAACAUGGAACACAGGACAGCUAGAACAUGUCAUUACGGGACAGCUAGGGUAUGUAAACACAGGGCAGCUAGGACACGGCAACACAGGAAAGCUAGAACAUGGAAACACUGGACAGCUAGAACAUGCAAACACAGGACAGCUAGAACAGGCAAACACAGGACUGCUAGGACAUGUCAUUACGGGACAGCUAGGUUAUGUCAACACAGGACAGCUAGGACAUGGAAACACAGGACAGCUAGUUUAUGUCAACACAGGGCAGCUAGGACACGGCAACACAGGACAGCUAGAACAUGUCAUUACGGGACAGCUAGGUUAUGUCAACACAGCACAGCUAGGACAUGGAAACACAGGACAGCUAGAUUAUGUCAACACAGGGCAGUUAGGACACGGCAACACAGGACAGCUAGGACAUGGCAACACAGGACAGCUAGAACAUGUCAUUACGGGACAGCUAGAUUAUGUCAACACAGGGCAGCUAGGACACGGCAACACAGGGCAGCUAGAACAUGGAAACACAGGAAAGCUAGGACAUCGAAAUACAGGACCGCUAGGAAAUGCAAACACAGGACUGUUAGGACAUGUCAUCACAGGACACAUGGGACAUGGCAACCCAGGACGGCUUGGACAUGUCAUUACGGGACAGCUAGGGCAUGGCAACACAGGACAGUUAGGACAUGUCAUCACAGGACAGUUAGGACAUGUCAUCACAGGACAUAUGGGACAUGGCAACACAGGACGGCUAGGACAUGUCAUUACGGGACAGCUAGGUUAUGUCAACACAGGACAGCUAGGUUAUGUCAAUACAGGACAGCUAGGGUAUGUCAACACAGGACAGUUAGGACAUCUCAUCACAACACACAUGGGACAUGGCAACACAGGACAACUAGGACAUAUCAACACAGGACAACUAGGACAUGCUGACAAGGAGGACAUCCUGUUAUCAAUCAGUAUGCAUAACUUAGAAAUGUAA